ACCCCAUACGGCGGUUCAUCCGCGAAAGUACCACACGACUCUCUAGACGCAGACGCAUUUACCCGGUCCGCUAGACCGCCGUAGUUCUCGAGCCUGGGUCCCACACGCGAUGGUCACUCCCCGACCAGGAGACAUAUAUAUGGUCCACCGACCAUAACCUUCUUUUCCAGGUUCAGCUGCAAUCAGCCCACCCCGACAACUCAACAGCUUACAUUCGCUGCUGUACAGGACCGUGUUUGGUUGAGCGUCUCAAACCAAACCUGCCCUUGUUCCCUCGUUGCUUCCGUUCUACCAACAACCUUCGGACGAGGUCUAUUGGACAUCAUGGGUCUCGCUUUUACGCCAAAGAUUGGCGCCGUGGCCAAGAGCAAGGCCGACGUUGAGGCUGCUCAGGCCGAAGCUCCCCAUCUCAAGAGAGUUAACUGGAGGUCGGAUCCUGGACUGCGCAAGCUGUACUUCUACGCCUUCUUCAUCUGUAUCGCUUCUGCGACCACGGGUUACGAUGGUUCCAUGUUGAAUAACUUGCGUAUCCUCCCAAUCUGGACUGACUACUUCAACGACCCCAAGGGUGACACUCUUGGUCUUCUUACUGCCCUUUACGCCAUCGGUUCCAUCGCCUCGCUGCCCAUUGCUCCUUUCGUUGCCGAUCGUUUUGGACGUCGAUCAUGCAUCACCAUUGGAUGUGUUAUCAUGAUUGCUGCGGCCGCUAUCCAGGGUGCCGCCCAGAACCUCGACUACUUCAUGGGUGGACGUUUCCUUAUGGGUUUCGGUAACUCUCUGGCCCAGCUUUCUUCGCCUCUCCUCCUCACCGAGCUUUGCCACCCUCAGCACCGUGCUCGUGUUACUGCCGUCUACAACUGCUUGUGGAACGUUGGUGCCAUCAUCUGCACCUGGUUGACCUUCGGUACCAAGCGCAUCAACAACGACUGGUGCUGGCGUGUCCCGGCUCUCUCCCAGGCUGCUCCCUCUGUCAUCCAGCUGGCUGCCAUCUGGUUCAUUCCUGAGUCUCCACGUUGGUUGAUUUCCAAGGAGAGGAAUGAGGAGGCUCUGCACAUCCUCGCCAAGUACCAUGCCAACGGUGAUGCUGACAACGCGACUGUCCAGUUCGAAUAUGCUGAGAUCAAGGAGACUCUCCGUCUCGAGUUCCAGUACCAGAAGAGCUCCAGCUACCUCGACUUCUUCAAGACCAAGGGCAACAGGUACAGGCUCAUGCUCCUCGCAUCUCUCGGUCUCUUCUCCCAGUGGUCUGGCAACGGUCUCGUCUCCUACUACGCUACUGAUGUCUACGACUCUAUCGGUAUCAAGGAUGCUGACACCCAGCUUGGUAUCAACGGUGGUCUUACCAUCCUUUCGCUCAUCGUCUCCGUUUCUUGCGCUCUGCUUGUUGACCGCGUCGGUCGCCGCCCGCUCUUCAUCUCUGCCACUGCAGCCAUGUGCGUUACCUUCAUUGUCUGGACCAUUGCUUCAUCGCAGCAAGAGGCUACUAAGAGCAAGGCUGCUGGUCAAGCUGUCAUUGCCAUGAUCUGGAUCUUCUCCGUGGCCUACGCCCUGGCUUGGUCUGGUCUGCUCGUUGCCUACACUGUCGAGAUCUUGCCAUUCAAGAUUCGUGCCAAGGGUCUCAUGAUCAUGAACUUCUUCAUCCAAGUUGCUCUGACCAUCAACCAAUACGUCAACCCCUAUGGUUUCCAGUACCUCCACCCCACCUGGAAGUUCUACACCAUCUACGCUUGCUGGAUCUUCCUCGAACUCAUCUUCGUUACCGUUUUCUACGUCGAGACCCGCGGACCCACCCUCGAGGAGGUCGCCAAGAUCUUCGAUGGUGAUGAGGCUGAGGUCGCCCAUGUUGACCUGGGCAAGGUUGAGGAGGACAUUAUGCAGCACGGGGGUACUACCGGCUUCGAGAAGGAGGACCAUGUCCGCGUCGAGCAGGUCAGGACCUCAUCUUAGAUGCAUUCAUGAUUAGUUGUGUGUUUGUCAUGAUGCCUGUUGCAGGGGUUGUGACGUUGGUGAUUAUUAGUCUUGUGAUAUACCAAAGCUAGCGCAUACCUUUCGCUAAUGUUAUUAAUGAGACG